UUUUCCUUCUUUUUAUUUUUUAUAUUUCCUUUCGGGCUUAUUCGUUCGAGAAGACGGAAGCAGAGGGAUUUCUAGGGUUUCUCCCGCAGUGAUCGCUCUGCUCCAGAUUCAGGUUUUGUAUUGGAUUCUAGAAGCAUCUCGUAGAUUUCAAUCGGUAUUUUUCGUCUCUUUCAUUCCCAUUUCUCCUCUCCGUUUUAUUUCUAGGGUUUUAUCUUCAGCUAGGGUUUGGGUUUUUGCUGGAAGUGUCUGCCUUUCUCCCUUUUUUUUCUUCCCUGUCUGUGACCUUUUGAUGUAGAAAUCGCAAUUGGAAGAGCGGCAAAAUCUCAUGUUUUAAAGAGAAUUUCAGCUUAGGGUUUUUUUUUUUUUCUCCCUUCUUAGUUGGGUUUGAAUCUGGUGAAAGCAUUGACUAACGGGGUUGAGAAGAGGUUUAGGGUUUUGAUUUGAGCUCACGAAUCUUGAAAUUGAUAUUAUUGGGGUGGAAAUCUAUUCUAUUUUUGGAUUAAAUUGUCAGCUUCACAGAAAAAACGCAUGCUGAAGUUCGAUCUUAUAUUUCUCAAGGUAAAAAGAGAUCUUGUUGGGUUACUUUAUGGCACCAACGGUUGUUUUAGAGUACACGCAGCAGAAGGAAUCAAAGAAGCCAUUGAAGGAUUUUGCCGUUACGAUGAUGGGCAAAACUUUAUCUAGAGGAAGCUACUCCUCUAGCUUCAUGCCAGAGCAGCUUGCUGUCGAGACGGUUGGUGAGUCAGAAGGGUUUGGAAGCUCCUGCCGUGUGGACACUGAGAUGACGGCUUCAGAGGAUUCUUGUGGCCCGAAGAGGAAAAGCAUGAGUUUGAAUGGGAACAGGUGCGAUGUUUUUAAUAUUCCUUUGCAAGUUCUCUCCCUGUCAAAGAUGUCUAGGUCCGAAAGGAAGGAGUUGAAAGUCAAGCUGAAAGCAGAGCUUGAACAGGUUUGUGUCCUUAAGAAUAAAAUUUUCUCGAUGUGUUUGGAAGGUAUUUCUGUUUCAUCUUCCAGUGUUAUCCGAAAUUGCAAUGAUGGGCAGAAGAUGUCGGUGACAGAGAAUUUACAGUUCUCGCUGGAUUUAGCUUCUGAAAAGGGGAAGAAACAGGGCUCUGUAAUCCAGAAUGCGCCCAUUUUGAAGUGCAGUCUUUCGGAUCAGUUUGAAUCCGUGAACCAGUCUGGUCCUUCUAGCAAAAAGGAUGUUACAUUGAUGAAGCAGUGUGAGAUGCUGCUGAAGCGAUUGAUGUCACAUCAGUUUGGUUGGGUUUUCAACUCUCCCGUUGAUGUGGUGAAGUUGAAUCUUCCAGAUUAUUUCACCGUUAUUAAGAAUCCGAUGGACCUGGGAACAAUAAAGAGUAAGAUGGCUUCAUUGGCAUACUCAAGCCCGUUGGGUUUUGCUGCGGAUGUGAGGCUUACCUUCUCCAAUGCAAUGACUUACAAUCCACCUGGGAAUUAUGCUCAUAACAUGGCGGACACGCUCAGCAAGUUCUUUGAAAUGAGAUGGAAAUCUAUUGAGAAGAAAAUUCCAGUAUCCAGUUCACAAUUGGUACCUGCAAAAUUGGCAGUUUCUAGAGAAGCACUAAUUGCAAAUCCAUUAACACAGUCUAAAAAGAGGAAAGAAUCCUCUUCUACAAAUCAUAAGCUUAAGAUGGAGACUGAGAGUAUGAAAAGGGCGAAGACAAAAGCACAUAAGCUGAGUAUAAGCAGAGAUAUAGAGUCUUUACAACUACAAGGGGACAUUCCUAAACAUAUUGUUGAUAUUCUAAGGAGGCAUCGGUGCGAUGCGGAUCAAACCAGUGAGGAGGAAAUGGAGGUUGAUUUCGAUGUUAUGAAUGACGAUACAUUGUGCAAGUUACGGAAGCUUUUGGAUGACUAUUUGCAGGAGAAACAUACAAAUCAGCUUUUGAACGAGUCGGGGCUUAGCAACUCAUCGGUGCAGCCUUGCAAAGGCAAUGACCCGUCAAAUGAGGAUGUAGAUAUUGGUGGGAAUGAUCCUCCUGUCUCGAGCUAUCCUCCCUUAGAGAUAGAAAAGGAUACCACUCUUAGAAGUGUCAAAUGCAACAGUUCAAGCCACUCUAGCAGAGAUUCAGAUUCUGACUCUGGUAGUUCUGGAAGUGAAUUCGAUGGUGCUAAAGUUACAUCUCCUGCAAAACCUGUGAAGGAAAUUGAAGGUUCUGGGGCAACUUUGGAUCAAGAGAAAAGUGAUAUUCUAGAUCCAUAUGAUGGAUCUGCUAGUGGGUCGGAUCAAGUUGAGCAGAAUCCCCAACCCAAGCCAGUUUCUGCAGGGGUGGAUUGCCAUCAAGAGGGGGAGAAUGCUCCAUCUGGGAGGCGGGUCUCCCCAGAAAAGCUCUAUCGUGCAGCAUUGUUGAGGAACCGCUUUGCUGAUACCAUCCUUAAAGCUCGAGAGAAGACACUUGGCCAGGGUGAAAAGGGGGAUCCUGAGAAAGUUCGACGGGAGAGGGAGGAACUCGAGAAACAGCGGAGGGAAGAAAAGGCUCGGCUGCAAGCAGAAGCCAAAGCAGCUGAAGAUGCCCGACGACGAGCUAAUGCAGAAGCUGCGGCUGAAGCUAAACGUAAGCGUGAACUUGAGAGAGAAGCAGCACGUCAGGCAUUGCAAAAGAUGGAAAAGACGGUUGAAAUUGAUGAGAGCUGUCAGUUUCUCAAAGACCUUGAGAUGCUGGGUUCCGCGCCCAUCGAGCUUCCGCCGAGCUUUGCUGAUGAGAUGAGCCCACAUCGAUCUCUGGAUGUAAUGGGCAGUUUCAAGCUCUCGGGAAGUAAUCCUUUGGAGCAGCUUGGGUUAUUCAUGAAGGUGGAUGAUGAGGAGGAAGAAGGGGAUCCUGUUAAUGUCCCCCUGCAUGAUGUUGAGGAAGGAGAGAUAUGAUUUAUUGGGUUAUCUAUCUGAAUACCAGAGGGAUCCUCGAGCACCAUCAACUGGGGAUCGGAGGGUUCUGUAUUUUUUGUUUUUGUUUUUGGCCAAUGGUGCAAGGAAGGGUAAUUUUUCUGUUUCCCGUUGUGGCUUGCACUCAAAACCAUAAUUGCUGGCAAGUUGGGCUAGGGUUUUUGGGUUUGGGCUGGUAAAGGUGGGGAGUAGAAGCUGAGAUUCCUGUUUUGAUUAUCUAUUGUUCUUGUAAAUAUGAGAUGAGGUCUUACCAAUUUUGUGGGUAAUUCAGUUUUUAGAUGUUGAAUUUGUGGCCAUCUGGAGCCUGGUCUCUGUGGUCGGAGGGAUGGGACAAGGGGAGGGGGGGUUAUGUUAGUGCUUUGGGGUGUCAUGUUCAUGAAUCACGAGACAUUCUCCUAGACUGUAAAAAGAUAGUGAGUGCAUUAGGGUAUAUAUGAGAAGGGAUUCAUCUGGCUCUUCA